AGUAGCAGCGACUGCUGAUUUGUUUUUACUGUGCUCGUUGGUAAACUCGAGAUUAGAGAGUCAAGGGGAGAUCACACAACUCAGUUAUUUGGGUAAGUGGACAGACAAGUCCUCAGCGACGUCGAGCUUGUCACAGUAUGCAGAAUCUGUCAGUGCAGGCACUGGCCCUGCGGCAGCUAGGCCGACUGAACUCCCUCCAGCUGCUCACACCAUGCCAUGCCUCUGGUCUCAGCAUGUGGUGCCCGCGAACAUUACACGCGCGUCAGUUGUGGGGUUCAGUCACUCCCCAAACACACCGUACAGCUAUGUGGCCAAGAUCAUGGGACACUCGGCAGAGCUGGUCGCUCCAUCAGGCCCGGCUCAAGAGCACGAGAAAAAAAGGGAAGCAAAAAGCAAUGCAGCAGCAGGAGGAGGAGGAGGAGGAACAGGAAGAUGCAGAGGCUAGUGAUUAUGAGGAUGAGCUUCCAGAUGACCCAGGCCUGCCAAAAGACUAUAAAGACCAUGAGAAAACUGUCCAAUCUCUACGUUUCGAUCUGGUUUUGAAGACCGGAUUGGACAUUGCACGAAAUGCUGUGGAGGAUGCUUUCUAUAACCUCAAAUUGAGACUGAAUGGUCAGAAACUCACCAAGAAGAGCAAAAUGGUUAAAGUGGGGGAUACACUGGAUCUGAUCCUAAAUGAGGACAAAGAAAUGGACACAGUCUUGCUGAAGAGAGUGAUCUUAAAAAAGGUGGUUGGAGAGACAAAAGACGCAGAAAAGCAGAGAGUCAUUCUAAGAUGCUGGAAACACCUACAACUUCCCAGAAAGGAUGUGUACAAGCAGUAAAGACCAAUUCUGUGAUGUGUAUGAGAGGUGAAAGAUCAGAAAAUGGGACAGAACUGAUAUUUCCUAUUCCACUCUCCAACCAUUUGAUUCUGAAACUGCAGAUUGAGGAGUUAAUGAGUUUUUCAAUGCCCAACAAAAACUGAAGGUCCUUUUCACAUCUAUUCACUUAACAGUAGUUCAUAACUGUUUCAUACUACUUAAAGAUUAUUUUUAUUAACUUUACAGGUCACAAAUGGAACACAAAAACAUCAUAUUGUUUAGAGGUGGUUUUGGUUAUAUGCAAUAUUUUAUUUUUAUGUUUACUAGACUCACAAAAUAACAUUGUGAGAUGAAUCAGAUAGUAUUUGGGAAAUCAGUUGUUUUCUGAUUCCUUGUUUAUGAUACCUUAUUUAGUUUUUACCAUUGUCUUUAUGACAUUGGUAGAUUUUCAAUGAGCAGUUUUCAGAGUGCCUUUGCAUACAGCUGCACUAAGAGAGCCAGACAAAAACAAACAAAAAAUAAAUAUUAAAAGGUUUUUACACAGCAUUUAUGCAAAAGAUUAAUGAGUCAGACCCACACAAAUAGUUUCCAAACUGUAUUUCUUUCUUUUUUUCUUCAUUAUAAUGGUCAGUGGUGGAAUAUACAAACAACACAAAUUUAAUCUCAAUAAACAUCAAAGAAA